AUGUAUUUGUCUCGUUGUGGUAGAUCUGCUGCUCGCUUGCUUCCCCUUGGGAGCUCCCGGGCAGCCGUCGUCUCCGCUCGCGCUAUCGUGCCCAGAUUGGCCCCCCAAUCGCGGGGAGUAGCGUCCACUCGCGAUACGCAGCACAAGCUGCUCGCGGCCUCUCUGGAGGAGUCCGACCCCGCCGUUUAUAACAUCCUGCAGAAGGAGAAAAAACGCCAAAAGCACUUCAUUAACCUGAUCCCCUCUGAGAACUUCACAUCUCAAGCUGUUCUCGAUGCCCUUGGCAGUGUUAUGCAAAACAAAUAUUCAGAGGGAUAUCCCGGUGCCCGUUACUAUGGAGGAAAUGAACACAUUGAUGCCUCCGAGCGGUUGUGCCAGCAGCGUGCCCUGGAGACCUUCCGUCUGAACCCGGAGGAAUGGGGAGUUAAUGUUCAACCUCUGUCGGGCUCACCCGCUAAUCUCAUGGCCUAUUCCGCCCUCCUCAACACCCACGACCGCCUUAUGGGCCUGGACCUUCCCCAUGGUGGCCACCUGUCCCACGGUUAUCAGACCCCUACCAAGAAGAUUUCCGCCAUCUCCAAAUACUUCGAGACCUUCCCCUACCGCCUCGAUGAGUCGACUGGCCUGAUCGACUACGAUGCAUUGGAGAAGUCAGCCACCCUAUACCGGCCCAAGCUGAUUAUCGCGGGUACUUCGGCCUACAGCCGUCUGAUUGACUACCCACGUAUGCGCGCGAUCGCCGACUCCGUGGGCGCCUACUUGCUAUCCGAUAUGGCUCACAUCUCGGGUCUUGUGGCUGCCGACGUGCUCCCAUCUCCCUUCCCCUACUCAGAUGUCGUGACCACCACCACCCAUAAGUCUCUUCGUGGCCCGCGUGGCGCCAUGAUCUUCUACCGCAAGGGUGUGCGCAAUACCGACAAGAAGGGCAACCCUGUCAUGUACGAUCUCGAGAACCCCAUCAACGCAUCUGUCUUCCCCGGCCACCAGGGUGGUCCUCACAACCACACUAUUACCGCGCUGGCCGUGGCCCUCAAGCAAGCUCAGACGCCCGACUUCGAGGCCUACCAGAAGACAGUGCUUCUCAAUGCCUCUGCCCUAGCUCAGCGUCUAGGUGAUUCCACCAGCAAUGGUGGACUUGGCUACAACAUUGUGUCCGGUGGCACCGAUAACCACCUGGUGCUAGUGGACCUGAAGAACCGCGGCCUGGACGGUGCCCGCGUUGAGCGCGUUCUUGAGCUGUGCGGUGUCGCCAGCAACAAGAACACCGUGCCCGGCGACAAGUCCGCACUUAAGCCCGGCGGUCUGCGUCUGGGAACCCCAGCCAUGACCUCCCGUGGCUUCCAGCCCGAGGACUUCACCCGCGUGGCCGAUAUCGUCGAUCGUGCGGUCACCAUCACACAGAAGUUGGACAAGGCUGCUCGUGAAUCGGCCCAGUCCCGCGGUGUCAAGAACCCGAAUACUGUCAAGGCCUUCUUGGAGUACGUGGGCGAGGGCGAGGAUAUCUCGGACAUUGUUGUGCUCCGCCAAGAGGUCGAAGAUUGGGUUGGUACCUUCAGCUUGCCGUGGGCUGAGGACCAGUAG